UUUUUCUUCAUUCUUCUUUCUCUUGUGGUGGUGGUGGUGGUGGUGGUGUAUUAAUAAUAUUUAUUUAGAUCCAUCCACCGGCGAAAUCACUUUUGGGGGGGAGGAGCAAAGCAAAAAACUAUCUUCUUCUCUCAUCGAGAGAAUCGAAAUAGAGAGAUCAUCAUAGGAGGUGGUGACACCGUUAAAUGCAAUUGGGAUCGGGGAGGUGAUGUUGUUUGGAUGGGGAGUGGGUGGAGGAGGAAUUAGGGUUUUAUUCUUAUCGGGUUCGAUAAAAGGAUGCAACUUCACAUAUCGCCAAGCAUGAGAAGCCUCACGAUCUCCAGCAGCAAUGAGUUUUUUGAUUCGAUGAAGAUCAAAGUCGCACCUCCUCUCAUCUCUUACCGAACUCUCUUCCACACUAUCCUGAUCCUCGCCUUCCUCUUGCCUUUCGUCUUCAUCCUCACCGCCCUUGUCACCCUUGAAGGUGUCAACAAGUGCUCCUCCAUUGAUUGUUUAGGGAGGCGGUUAGGACCACGUCUUCUUGGUAGGGUAGAUGAUUCAGAGCAGAGACUAGUUAGAGACUUUUACAAAAUUCUAAACGAAGUAAGCACUCAAGAGAUUCCUGAUGGUUUAAAGCUUCCUAAUUCUUUUCGCCAACUUGUUUCCGAUAUGAAGAACUACCACUACGAUGCCAAAACAUUCUCCCUCGUCCUACGAGCUAUGAUUGAGAAGUUUGAAAGGGAUAUGAGGGAAUCCAAAUUUGCGGAGCUGAUGAACAAACACUUUGCAGCGAGUUCUAUUCCUAAAGGAAUUCACUGCCUCUCCUUAAGACUAACCGAUGAAUACUCGUCCAAUGCGCACGCUCGGAGACAGCUUCCUUCCCCUGAGCGUCUCCCCGUUCUCUCCGACAACUCUUACCACCAUUUUGUCCUAGCUACAGACAACGUUUUGGCUGCAUCGGUUGUGGUCUCAUCCGCUGUUCAGUCGUCUUCGAAACCCGAGAAGAUUGUCUUCCAUGUUAUCACUGACAAGAAAACCUAUGCGGGCAUGCAUUCUUGGUUUGCGCUCAACUCCGUUGCUCCUGCGAUCGUUGAAGUGAAAAGCGUUCAUCAGUUCGACUGGCUAACAAGGGAGAAUGUUCCUGUUCUCGAAGCUGUGGAAACCCAUCACGGUAUAAGAAACUAUUACCAUGGGAAUCAUAUUGCUGGUGCAAACCUCAGUGAAACAACUCCAAGAAAAUUCGCUUCCAAGUUGCAAUCGAGAAGUCCCAAAUACAUAUCUUUGCUCAACCAUCUUAGAAUAUAUCUACCAGAGCUGUUUCCAAACUUGGACAAGGUGGUUUUCUUAGAUGAUGAUAUAGUGAUUCAGAGAGAUCUAUCUCCUCUUUGGGAUAUUGAUCUUCACGGGAAGGUAAAUGGAGCUGUGGAGACUUGUAGAGGAGAAGACGAAUGGGUUAUGUCAAAGCGUCUCAGGAACUACUUCAACUUCUCUCACCCUCUCAUAGCAAAGCAUUUGGAUCCGGAAGAAUGUGCUUGGGCUUAUGGAAUGAAUAUCUUUGAUCUACGGACUUGGAGGAAGACAGAUAUCAGAGAAACGUAUCAUUCUUGGCUAAAAGCGAAUCUGAAGUCGAAUCUAACAAUGUGGAAACUGGGGACAUUGCCUCCAGCUCUGAUUGCAUUUAAAGGUCAUGUUCAGGCAAUAGAUUCGUCUUGGCAUAUGCUUGGAUUAGGAUACCAGAGCAAUACCAACAUAGAAAAUGUGAAGAAAGCUGCAGUGAUCCACUACAAUGGCCAAUCAAAGCCGUGGCUGGAGAUAGGUUUUGAGCAUCUGAGGCCGUUCUGGACAAAAUAUGUGAACUACUCCAAUGAUUUCAUUAGGAAUUGUCAUAUCUUGGAAUAACAAACGGGAAGCUUUCAGUUAAUCUUGAAGAAGAGAAGUGGAGAUUUGGCAGGGGGGUUUCUGGAGAUAUACAUUGGAUUUUUUGCUGGAAGAUGAAACUAGUUACAGAGCUCUGCAGCAGAAAAGAUUUGAUUCUUCUGUAAGAGAUAGAAGAGGUACCCUUUGUUGAGAUUCUUUUGACACAGCAGAAGAAAUUGGAUUUUUUUUGGUCAUGAUCAGACAACACCACCAAACUCUGUUACAUUUGCUCCACAUGUGUUUUUUUUUCUUUCUUUCUAAAUUUGUUGGUUCGUAAUUUUUGACAAGUUACAAUUCCAAUUUUUACAAUUUAUUUUCAUUAGCUGAUUUGUUAAGGUUCGUAAUAUAUAUGACCGCUUUUCUUA